AUGAGCAAUAGAAGCUGCAAUCUUUAUCCUCAAAGUCUUUUGUCUCGCAUGGAAGCAAUUUCUCCUCAAGAAUUUGCAAACUACUCACAUGAAACUCAAUACACCUCUUUCAAAAAUGCUUUCCCAGAAUAUAAGCUGUUUUAAAUUAAAUUUCCAAUAAUAUAAUUUUUAGUGCCUUUUUAAAAAAAAUAUCAUCCUUAUGAUGUUAUAAGCCAAGAUUAAUCCCAUGCAGCAUAUCAAUAAAAAACCGAAUCAAGUUGAAGAACUAAUGAAAAUUCGAAGCAUCACUGUCUUUGCAAAGAAAUUCUUUGAGAUGCAUAAAAUGAAAUUCAAACAAACAAUUACUCAUGAAAGGGAUAAAAUAAUUUCUAAAGUCUUUAUUGAUGGAAAUUUAGCGGGACAGCAAUCUCAUCCUACUUCAUUAAACAGGUGCCGCGUUACGUCUGCAAUACUUGCGUUUGACAGUUAUGAUGUAGAAAUACUGACUUUCAUCUAAAAUAAAUAUAUUAAAUUAGAUGAAAAAUUAUAUGAAUUUAAUUAUUAUUUUAUUAACUAUUCUAUUUUAAGUUUGCUAAAUGGUAUGCUCUAGCAAGUUUAUUAUUAUUUUUUAAAAAAAAAAACUAUAUUUUUAAAUAAAUAAAAAGCUCUUGGCUAGAGAAGAACCCCCCUCUUUAUAUAGAAAGAUUUCUAAUAUUUAACCUAUAUUUUAACUAGUAUGAUUCAUUUAACUAUAGACGAGAAUUAAGAGAUUGAAUGAAAAUGCACAAAAGUGAUCUUGAAGAUUACUUAGCUUAUAAUAAAUUCGAUGAUUAG